CCGUGGGUGGGUUUCCUUCUCCCCUCUCCCGUCCUCCUCCAUUGCACCACCAGGGCAGCCAUUGGCGCUUCUUGCAUUAUCUAUUGGUCAAGAGAAAGACACAUACAGGCCUUGUUAUGAUCCAAAUCCACAUCCUGGAGGGAAAGGCUUUUGUGUGGAAUUCCGGUGAUGCACAGCGUAUCCGGGAAGAACACCGCAUCGUCGGCACGCUGGUUGGGGCGCUGCCUCGGAAGCCGCGGCAGAACAUGCGGCUGGGCCUUCCCCUCCAGUUGCUCCCAGAGGAGGCCCGACUGUUGGCAGAGAAGGGUGUGGCAACCUUUCUUAAAACCCCGACUUCUCAGCCCUUGGCAGAUGAUGCAGGCCAGGAUCCCUCCCUCUUGGAGGCAGUGGCUGCCUACCAAAAGGAGCAAGAGGAGAGCUAUCGGGAGCAGGUCAGGCUUGCUGGCGAACAAAGGCAGGCCCUGAUGGGCACACUGGCUGAACACAUAGCGCAGGGCCGGGCAAAGAAACGGCAGCAGAAAGGGGAAGAAGCAGAGCCUCCAUCAAAACCUGCAGACUCGGAACCUAGUUUUGUGUUUCCCCGGGAAGCGAUGAUGGUCCAACUCCCAACAGAGCGGACCCAACGGGGACAGGAAGAAAAGGUGGACUGGCGUUUGCCCUCCAAAGAGUGGCCAUACAGUGGACAACCAGAGCAUGAGAUGCGCUACCAUGUUUUCCAGAACCUUUGGGAACGAGGCUACUAUAUCACCAGUGGGAGCAAAUUUGGGGGCGACUUCCUUGUUUAUCCAGGUGACCCGAUGAGGUUCCACGCCCAUUAUAUCGCCCUCUGUGUGCCUCAAGAUGCACCCCUCUCCUUAUGUGACAUCAUCAGCGUAGGACGGCUUGGCACCAACGUCAAGAAGACUGUUCUUCUCUGCUCCGUGGACCAGGACGGGACUGUAGCGUACACAUCCUUGCAGUGGAGUGGGAUGCAGUGAGAACGGACCGACCGUUGUUAAUGUGGGCUGAUAACACUGCUGAGCUCUCGGUGUGCCAUUCCGGCAACAGUGAGGGAUUGGCAUUCCUUGGCGAAGGCUGCCCUAAGCCACCUUGCUCACAGUGGCCUUUGUCAACAUUUUAAUUGCAUAAACAGUUGCAACAGUUCUUAGAAGGGUACUCUAAACCCCUUCUAGGGGCAGCUGCAGGGCGUGGGAUGGGAGUGCUCCAUGUCUAGAAAGGGACAGAUUGUUAAUUUCUACCAGGCUGCCAUUGACAGCCUCAGCCACAGCAUGAAAGUAACAUCUUUUAUUUAGCCCUGUCUUUUGCCUGCUCAGAAAUAGGAAGGGACCAGAGCUGAGUGGGUAGGGGAUAUGAUUUAGAAACAAAAGAAGUUCUUGCUUUAUGUGGCCAACAGCAGCUCUCAUCUCUAUGAUGCAAAUGUGGGGUAUCAGACAAGCGCCUCUGCCAGCAGUCUGGAUUGCCCAGCAAGACAGAUGCUUCUUGAGCCGGUAGUGGGCCAGGCCUGCAGUUAGCUAAGCAGCUCAGAAUGUGCACAGAGCCAAGCAAAGAGUCCAGCAGUGGAAGGGACUGAGCUCAGGGCGUUAACGUUCUUUACAAAUAAUUUAUUUGAUUAAAUGCAAAUGCAGUUAUUUUCCUGUUCUGGCUUGUUCUUGGGACUUAAGUUUGGAGGGAUCCAGCCAAAUGGAGCUUCCCUCCGCUCGAGGAGACUCUGGGUGUAUUCUGAGCUGGGCCUCUUCUUUCCUCAUGCUGGAACAGUAGCAUCUAAAUGAUUGAUUUGUUGGAUUUAGUCAUUGGGGGUGGAAUUUUACCCCCAGCCCGGGUAAAACAGGCUUUCUGUCUUGGCACAGAA